AUGGUGUAUAUCCAUGCCACGGAGCUCUACACGCUGAAGAAUGGGUUACUCUUUGCAUUGGACGCAGGAUUUGUGCCCCUGUUUGUUGAAACUGAUUGUUUGAAUGUUGUACAAUUGAUUAACAACGAGGAAGUCUGUUUAGCUCCGGAAGGGAGUUUGGUGGAGGAAAUUCGCAUUCUGCGGCAAGUACCUUCCACUGUUCUUUCCUAUAUUCCCCGCCAAGCUAAUACUCUGCUCAUCCUAUUGCACAGUUUAGCCUCCAUGAACGAGAUCUCUCAUACCGGAUGGAAUCAGGUUCUCUUAAGAUUUUUGGUCAAAUGA